AUGUUCGACUUGUUGUUCUCGAAAACGAGCAGAGAAAACGAUGGCUACGGAGGUAGCAAUAACGCAAGACAAAUGUUACGUCGCAGGAGACCAGCGAAGCGAUUGGGCAACGACGUGCGUAACUCGAGCGACGAUGAUGACGACGACGACGACGACGAUGACGACGCGCAGGUAGUAACCAGUGAAGAAACGGACGAUCCACGACGAGACACAAUGAUGUUCAUAGCCAACAAUCGACGCCUAUUUACCAUCGGAGGAUCACACUCGGUGAUACGAGUGUACAGGGCAUUGCAUCGAAGAAUCUACAGCGAAGCUUGGUACGGUGGUUAUCCGAAUCAGUCGCUCUCACCCGGUACGGUUUCGCUCAGCGCGUAUUACGCAACGAUGGUGACGGCGGCGGCGGCGGCGGCUGUGAAUUGA